GGGCCGUUGCCCGUGGGGCAGGAAUUCUUCCAUUCACCCAGCGCUGGCUACAGGGGAUUUAGGUCAGCGUAACUGCACCUGUCAGGGGAUGGAUUUUUCGCAGCCCUGGCAGCUGGUCCUGGAGCCGGGGUGGGUGCAGUGAGCUCAGCAGCUCUGAUGUCCCGACGGGGUGGGGCGGGGCGAGGGAGAGAGUGAAACUGGAAGUAGAUGGUCCAGCUCCCUGCCCAUCCCAGCUCCUUUAUAAGGGGACAUCUCGCCCAUUCCACACAAGCCUCCGAUCUCAGCGAGCUGAUUGAGCCCCCGGGGAGCUGCCUGGCACGGUCACUGCUGUCCGCACUCAGCACUGGGCUCGUUUGCUGCAUUACGGCAGUUCGUGGGUUACUGACUGUACAAUGGCAGAUGAAGCUGGAAAGUCCCAGGCGCUGGUUAAAGCUGAGCUGAGUGUCAGCAAAGCCAAGGAUGUGCGGAAGGAGACGGAGUUGAGGAUGAAGUCCUACGCCAACUGGGAGGAGUUCCUCAUGCCAGCCCCCAUCUCCAUUGCCAUCCUGGGGCAGCUGGUUUUCAUUUCAGCGGGGCAGGGAGACUUCUCCAUCAAUAAGAACCCCCCUAAAGACGGCUUCAAGCACAUCAAAUACCCAGAAUCCUUCAGGGCCUGCUUGUGUCAAGUCAGUAACCAAGGCUGGGCGGCCUUCAACACCGCACACGUCAACAUGGACCAGAUCAGACUCCUCUCCAAGAGCGUCCCGGGACGGAUGAAGGUGAUUGUUAAAAUUCUGUUCCAGGACAUGGAGACAGUGAAUGCCAUGCUGCCGAUGCACCUAAAGAACAUGAAGGCCGUGGCAGACGACUGCAAAGACUUAGCCCAUGCAGUGGAGGACAAGUAUUCAGAUGUCAUCUACCUGAUCCAGGAGCUGAUGGAGGCCUGUUUGAAUGCCAAGAAAGGUUACGAGGAUGAGCUGAAAGACAUCCAGAUAGCGCUGCAGCAAGCAGAGAUCAAGGAGAAAGUGGCCAAGGAGGCACAGAAGCUGGCCGAGCAGUAUCACAAGCAGGUGAAGCAGCUGGUCUAUGAAUCCUUUAACCAAUACAAUGAAGCCAUGAAAGCCAUUCCCACAGGGUGGAAUGCUGUGGGCAUGACCAUUGUGGAGAAUAUUACAAAUGGAUUUUCCAAUAUUUUCACUGGGUUUACAGGCAUGUUCACAAAAAUAGCCAACAAGAUUAUACCUGGGAAAAUGGAAGGCAGUGCAGUGGCUGGCCCAGAGGAAUUUGACCAUGGAAGCAUGGUGGCAGCACUCAACAUUUUUACAAAGUCAGGAAUGUUACUGACUUAUACAACGCAGCUCAAAGAGCUAAUCAAUGAGCACGAUGGCCUCAACAUGAAGAAAAUCGUCAAUGAGAAAACUCAAGAAGUUAACACCAACUGGCUGAAAGACAGUUUCCUAUAUACAAAGAGCAGCAUAGACACAGAAAAUAAGUGUGGGCCAAAAAAUCAAGCUCAAGAGAUCUGCACAUCUGGCCUCCGUAUUUGUGAACAGCUGGAAAAGAUGGCCUUGUCCAAAAACAAAGGAAAGGAAGAAGAGAAGUCUCUCGUUGAAGAGAUCAAUCGCUUAUACCAAAAAGCAUCAGAAUUUGAUUCCCACAGUAAAUCCUCAGUGGGAUCUCCUGCCUUCGCCCCCAAGCCACCGAACAUGGCUAAAUGUCAGCAAGGCUCAAUGGGAGGAUCCAGUGCCCUGCAAAGUGCACAUUUGAAGGUCGAGCAGAGCCGGGAGAUGCUGAAGUCGAUCCAGGAUGAGUAUCAGAGGAGCUUCGAGAACUUCAAGAGGCAGAAUGAUGAGCUGAUGGAGAUCAUGUGCGCUAUGGAGAAAUGCAAGGUGCAAGAUGUAGAUUUUGACAGAGCCAGGAAGAUGCUGAUCAAAGGGCUGAAGGCCCUGGGGAGGAUGAAGGAGCCGUGGGAGAAGAUGGUGAGGUUCUUCCAGAUGAUCUCCAGCCUGAUUGACUCCUGCCUCAGUCGGGACAUCAAGGAAUUUGUGAGCUCUGUCUCGGAUGUGCAGAAAAUAGAAAACUAUUCCUCCAAAUCCUUUGUGAUAGACACCAUCUACACCCAGGCAUUCAAUGCUUCCAACGUGGCCCACCUGGUGCACAUGAUCUCCGAGACCUACACCGAAGUGUCCAAUAAUUACCUGAUGGAUCGCGUGAGCAGCCUCGGGCGACUGAUCGCCAUGGAACCUUCCGACCCAGGGUUCCAUUCCGAGCGGGAGGUAUUACAGAAAGGUUGCGAAGAGGCCCGCCAAGCCAUCUACGACAUGGUGAAGGAGAAGAAGGAGGAGUUUGAUAGGAGUGUCGAGGCCAGGGUGGAGACGAUCGACAGGGAGCUGAAGGCCGUGCUACCCCCUUUGAGUGUGGAAGAGCAGAAGGCAAUUGAGGGAGCGGUGAAACAGGGGAUGAAGGAGCUGACUGCAGAGGAGGAAGACCUGUUUGAGUAGAUGGAUGCAUUGGUGGGGUCCCAGCUACUGGCUCACGCUGUGAGGAGUCUCCAUAAUCAACCGAUUGCAGCCCCACCUUGCUUCGCUCAAAAUAUGAUCUUUGCUUUGCAAGACCCGAGCUUGAGAAAAACCAGCAUUUCAGUGAUAUUGCUGCAUGAGGAUAUGGCAAACCUUGGGUUUAGUCUUUACUCUGCCACAUGUUGUCCUUUGUGACCCUGGGCAAGUCACUUUAUUUCUUGGUGCUUUGGCUUCCCAUCUCAGCCAGGGGGGAGGUGAGACACUUAGGUAGUAGUUGGCCCUGAUGAGAACCAACAGAGAGAUUAAUGGAGGGGGAAGAUGAGGAAAAUGCCCAUUCUCUCCAAAGCAGGAUCUGAAGAUUUUAUAGACUGUCACAAGCGACAGCGCUCCCACUACUCAUGCUGGAGAGCGAAUUCCACCUUCAAUGACCUAGGAGAAAUUUCCAUUCAUGUGCUGCCAUUGGAACGAGCCGAAGAGCCAGACAAUUAGAUUGGGAAGGUGGGGUUGGGGCUGGACUCCUGGUUUCUUUCUUUAUCUCUUAGAGGGAAGUGGUGUCUAGAGGUUAGAGCAUUGGUGGAUGGCAGGCAGGACUCCUGGGUUCUAGUCCCUGUUCUGGGAAGGAAGUGAGGUGUAGUGGUUAGAGCGGGGGGGGGGUGCUAGGAGCCAGAACUGGGGCUGGGAGGCAGGAGCUCUUUUCUGUGUCUCACUUUGUUACCUGAAGGGCAAGUCACUUCACCACUCUCUGGGCCUCACAUCUGCGAGGUGGGGCCAUAGCACUUGCUGGACUCACAGGACCAGGUGUUCAAGGUAUUUAGUCACCUAAUGGUGCAGAUCGGCACCUGGUGGGAUUUCAAAUUGGAUUGCAAGGGGAGUUAGGUACCUAACCAGCUUUGGCAUAUUCGAGAAUCCCACUAAGCCCCCAUCUGCACCAUUAGGCACCUAAAUCCCUUUGGAAAUGUGGCCUACAGGGAUGUGGACUGAGAAGAUCCCAUCUUGUGCCCAUUGAAGUUGAGGCAAAACUCCCUUUGGUUUCGACUGGCCCAGGGUUCCUCCCGACAUUUGGAAGGAAAUCGGAAGCUGCCAUAGUCGUUCCUCUGAGGCGCAUGAGGGGAUUCAGCCAACCGGCGGCGCGCUGCGCACACCUGGCACAGAGUCAACCAGCAAGUGUGAGCUGCCUGAUGAGUCCUUGGACUUCCCGCUUUUCAAAGCCACAGCCCUGAGCAUUUUCAAUAAAGCCUCUGGCAUUUACUAGCA